GAAAGUGUAAACAGAUUUCUGGAAUCCCAGCAAGAAAGCAAAAAAAGGUUACCAACAAAGGGAACUCGGCACCGCGACGCUGAACGAGUCAAUUCAGCGGCACUCGUCGAUCGAUUUCAAGCUUCAUCAUCUGAUCAUCUAUAUCCCUGAUAGAUCCAAGGCGGUUUUCGGAGAUUGUCGGUGUUUUUUUUUUAGUUUUUAGAAUAUAUUUUUUCUCUCUAAAUAAUUAUUGAUGUUGGAUUUUCGGGAAGGAAGAGUGAGGGGCUAAGGUUAUGGUGGGUUAGGAUUAGGGUUUUUGGGGGUGGGUUUGGAGAAGGAUGAAAAUUCUGAGCUUGAAGAAGGAGAAACUUGCUAUUACAGGGAUGAUGAUGAUGACACUAUUAACCCCGACACCUUACCUUGAUGAGAAGAUAAAAAACGUUCUGGGCCAUUUUCAAAAAGAUUUUGAAGGCGGUGUUUCAGCAGAAAACUUGGGGGCAAAAUUUGGUUUGUAUGGCUCUUUUUUACCUACCUAUGAACGCUCUCCUUCAAGUUUCUCACAUCCAAAGACACCACAGGGAAACUCCAGCACACCAAAGUCUACAAACAAUUUAUCCAUGGAGGGUGCAUUCCAGAAUUUGAAAGCUCUUCCAAAUGCACCCCUAUCUGCGAGACAUGGGAAUGCUUCUUGCCCAAGUGGCAUUAUUGCAGCCAAACAUGAUUCUCUUUUGUCCUUUAAUCAUGUUGCUGAAAAGCCCGCCUUAAAGGAUGCAAGUUUUGAAAGAGCAGAUAUCCUGACUGACCGGAGGACACUAAAGGUCCGAAUUAAGGUGGGAUCUGAUACCAAAGUUCAAAAGAACUCUGCAAUCUAUAGUGGUCUUGGGCUUGAUGAUUCUCCAACUUUGUCAUGGGGUAACAGUCCCGAUGAAACUGGAGAAACAGUGACAGCUUCUCCAGGAAAUACAAAUGAAUCAUCUAAUAAAAUUCUACAGGUUAUGACUUCCUACCAUGUCCCUUGUGGUGUACUCAAAUCUCCUCUUAAUGACAGUCUGCUAUGCUUAUUAAGAAACGAGAAGGGAGGGCCAUCUAGAGAUAGUACAACUAUCACCUUGCUUAAGGCAUGUCGAGAAAAUUCUUCUGGGUUAAUAGAUGAGCCCAUUUUUGGUAAUGGAAAAGAACUCAGUGAGCAGAAAACAGAAUUUUUAAUUGGGAUAAGCAAGAAGGUGCUGGAAUCAAAGCAUGGGAAUCGUGUGAAGGUUGGAAAUGAUAAGAAGUUGCUCACAGGAAAAAUGCCAGAAAACAAGAUUGCAGGAGGAGAGGAGUUGCUAGCAGAUGACUUGAAACACACAGCUCUAUCUAAUUCAGUGGAUGUUUCCGACUCUAUGGAGGCCACACCUAGGGUAUGUGAUCUUUCUGUGGAGGCUAAUCAGAAUGGAUCAAGAGGUGGAUUAUUUUCCUCUGAUUCAUCAAAGAAGGAUUCUUUGGAGUUAGUGUUUGGUGGGAGCAGAUCUAGUGGCAGGAAGAAAAAAAGGGAUAGUCAGCGCAGUUUAGUUGAAAAGGUUUGGGAACAGAGUGUAGUAAGUUCUGAUAAGAACGCACUUGACCUUGGGGAUUAUGGUGGCAGUAAAUGCAACCAAAAUACUGGCCAUUUAAAGUGUAAGGAAGAUUCAAAAACAAAGGUUGGCCAGGAAGCUACAUUUCAUGUUCAGAAUGACAUAAGUAUUCCCUCCGAAAUGGAAAACACAUUGUUUGUGGGCAAAAAGAAGUCAAAAGGUAGCAAAAAUACUGGACCAAUUGCUGAUUCAAUGAAGGAAAGUUUGAGACUUGAUGUGGGUACAACACCUAAAGAUACUACGAGUUCUAGUCAGAGUUUUUCUUCACGUAAAAGUAAGAUGCAUAAGGUGAGAAAAUGGAUUUGUCAAUGAGUCUUGUUCACAAUAGGCCAAAAGGUUCUGGUCCAAUGGAUUUUGAGAGGGAGAAGAAUGGCUCUUUGGAAAAGUCAAAAGAAAUAUUUAA